AUGUUCACCCUUCCACUCAUUUUGGCUGCUGGCAGCCUCCCCCUCAUUUCUGGGGCUCCAGUCACCUACACUCACGGUCAUUCUCACUUUCACGCUCGCGCGGUUGAUAUCGCGCAAGUCAACGAAAUCGCGUCCUCUCAUUCCCUCGCGGGACGCAGCAGCAAUCUCUAUGCUUCCGUCUUUGGUGGUAACGGUCAGGUCUCCGAUGGAUGGCCAGCCAUGUCCAGCUGGGUCUCCAGCUUUGAUGAUCUGUUCGAGGCGAACAAGGCCAUCAUGGGUUCGUCUUGCUCUCAGUGGGGCGUUGCCGACACCACCGAGAGCGAGAUGGCUGAGAUGAAGAGCGCUAUUAACAAGAUCGCCGGCGAGUCCGGGGUCGAUGCUCGCUUCAUCUUGGCCAUCAUUAUGCAGGAAAGUAAUGGUUGUGUGCGUGUGCACACCACCAACAACGGCGUCGUCAACCCAGGGCUCAUGCAAUCUCACAAUGGCAAGGGGAGCUGCAACACUGGCAUCAAUGCUCCUGAAAAUGUCCAGAAUCCCUGCCCUGCUUCCGAGAUCGAGCAGAUGAUCCGUGAUGGUACCAUGGGGACUGCCGAUGGAGAUGGUCUGCAACAGCUCCUUGCCCAGAACGGCGGUGCUCAAGAUGUCACGGCUUACUACAAGGCCGCUCGCUGCUACAACUCUGGCUCCAUCGCCCCCAACGGCAACCUGGGCGCUGGUAUUGCGACGCACUGCUACGCCUCUGAUAUUGCCAACCGCCUUCUCGGAUGGGCGGCGGGCACCAGCAGCUGCAAUGACAACACGAUCGGCUCGCUCACUGGUUCCAACUGGAGUGGUGGCUCGUCCUCGGGCAGCUCUGGCUCGGGCUCCGGCUCCACCACCACUGCCGCGGUCAACCCCACUGGUGUGACUACUAUCCUGCCUGAGCCCCCUGCUGCGACCAGCACCAGCACCAGCACCAGCACCAGCGUUGCUGUCCCCACCAUUGUCACAUCUGCUGGGAACUCGAACCCUGCGCCCACUUCCGACCCUGCUCUGACCUCCACCGUCACCAUCGCCCCUGUUCCUACUGCUCCCACUGUCUCGGUUGCGCCCGCAGCCCCUAGCUCGAUCUCCAACACCAUCUCGAGCUCAGCUCAGACCUCGACUUCUUCAUCGAGCUCUGCCACCAUCACCACCAACCCUACGACCCCGGAGGUCCCCUUGUACCCUUACGCCAUCACUACGUGUCAAAAGUGGUACUCGGUGGUGGAGGGCGACUAUUGCCAAAAGGUGGAACAGCAAUUCGGCAUCUCUGCUUCCGAGCUCCAAAGCUGGAACACUGGUCUGGAUGACACUUGCACAAAUCUCUGGAAGGGAUACCAGUACUGUGUGAAGGCUUGA